AUGGAUAAGCAGGCAUAUGAGUUGAAAUUACCCACAGGAUUGAAAUCAAUUCAUCCUGUUUUUCACAUUUCCUAUUUGGAGCCCUAUAAGCAACGCCCCGGGGCGGAGCCGCCUCGGCCGGAUGGCAUCGAGAUCGAGGGUGAUACCGAAUAUCUUGUGGAGAAAAUAUUGGACAAGCGAACACAUUACAGCAAGCUCCAAUACCUCAUUAAAUGGGAAGGUUAUCCAUCGUCAGAGAAUUCAUGGGAACCGCUUGAGCAUUUGGAAAAUGCUGAGGAAGAGAUUGCAACCUAUGAGGCGGCUAGUAGAGACCGCCCCGUUACACGCCAGAGACGUUGGGCAAGAAACGCCGCUUGA